CUUUAAUUUUCAUAAUUUUCACGCCCUCAGCCAAAUUCCAGUUUUGAAACUAUUCUCCUCUGAUUCUCAAUUCUCAAAUUCGCUUUAGCUGACCCAGGAAUACCGGCAGGCGCAGCAGCCCUCUCCACCCCGGCCUUCUCCUCUGUGACAGCGCCGAACGGCACAGGUCUCCCUUCUGAAUCUCAAUUCUCAAAUUCGCUUUAGCUGACACAGAAAUACUGGGCAGCAUCCCUCUCCACCCCGGCCAACUUCUCCCCUUUGACAGCGCCAAGCAGCGCAGGCUUGAGUGCCUUAUUAGCCAGAUAGAGAGUGACGGACGCAAGCAUGGCUCAGUAUAUACCUGCCUUAAACCCACCCAAAACCCUGAAUAACCAGACAUCAUCAAUCAAACCCUCUUCCUUCUCUUUAAUCCGCCACUGUAGGCCCAUACAAAGAUCCAAGAAAGCCCCUAGAAUCUCCUGUUCCAUAACAUCGAGUCCACAGCAGCAACCCUCUCUCGAUGCUAUCACGAGCAGUCGUUGCAAAGAAGAGGUCAUUGGUGCCAUUCAAAACUCAUUAUUGAACUGUCUGUCUGAAACAAACCUCCAUCUGACUGUCCCUGGUCUCAAAUCUAAAACUAGAGGCAAGGUCAGAGAUAUUUAUGAUGGUGGAGACUAUCUUGUUCUGGUGACAACUGAUAGGCAGAGCGCAUUUGAUAGAAUUCUUGCGUCUAUUCCAUUCAAAGGCCAGGUUCUUAACGAGACAAGCUUGUGGUGGUUUGAUAAAACUCAACACAUCAGUCCAAAUGCAAUUGUAUCUUCUCCUGAUAGGAAUGUUACAAUUGCUAAGAAAUGUUCCGUUUUUCCCGUUGAAUUUGUUGUCAGAGGUUUUGUAACUGGAAGUACUGAUACAUCACUCUGGACAGUCUACAAGGGAGGUGCCAGAAAUUACUGUGGCAAUGUGCUCGCAGAUGGCCUGGUAAAAAACCAAAAGCUCCCUGCCAAUAUACUUACACCUACAACUAAGGCUGUUGAUCAUGAUGUUCCUGUGACUCCAGAAGAGAUAAUUAGGCGUGGGCUGAUGACUCAAGCUGAUUAUGAUGAAGCAAGCAGGAAAGCAUUAAGCUUAUUUGAAUAUGGGCAGCGUAUAGCUUUGGAACAUGGCUUGAUAUUGGUAGACACAAAAUAUGAAUUUGGAAAGGGAAGUGAUGGUGCAGUUCUUUUGAUUGAUGAGGUCCAUACACCUGACUCAAGCAGAUAUUGGAUUUCACAUUCUUAUGAAGAGCGCUUUCAGAAUGGUCUUGAACCAGAAAAUGUAGACAAGGAGUUUUUGAGGUUAUGGUUCAGAGAUCACUGUAAUCCAUAUGAAGAUGAGGUGCUACCGGAUGCUCCUCAAGAACUUGUUUGCGAAUUGGCUUGGAGAUACAUUUUCUUGUUCGAGACUAUAACAAAUUCGAAAUUUGAAAUGCCUGUGAUGGAGGAACCGAUACAUGAUCGCAUCUCUCGCAAUGUGUCGUUGGCACUGUCAUCUUUGCAGUAGCAACAGUCCCAAAUCAUUGUCCCCAUCUGUUUGGCUACUUCAGGUUUGAGAAAUAUAUCAUAGGGAUCUGGCUCCAGUUGGUGCUAGCACCGGUACUUAUGGACCUGCGAGUAAGGAUCAAAUGUUUUCAAAGUUCAGCAGCUUUCAGGUCGAACAAGAAGUUGGGUAUAUCCGUUCCAGAUUGUUGUGGAACUCAUCCAUAAUGUUGGUUAGAGCUGGCCAGACUUGCUUUCUAUGUUUAUUUACAUUUGGCAGACCCAACCCUUACUUUAUUUAUGUAUUUAUUUGGUAAUUCCAAAAUGAGUUGGAAUAAAUUUGAGAAAGGUCUGUUUAGUUUUGGAAAAUAGUUUUUAUUUUUCAUUUUAAUUUUUUAAAAAAUUAGGAAAAUGUUAGCUAUUUUUUUUUUUUUUUCAAUAUUUGUAUGAAAUAAAGGAACAACAAUAAACAGUUUUAACAA